AUGCCCAACUACGUGAAGUUCUUGAAAGAUAUUUUGACAAAGAAAAGGAGGCUGGGUGAGUUCGAAACAGUUGCUCUAACAAAAGAUUGCAGUGCUAUGUUGAAAAGCAAAAUUCCUCCUAAAUUAAAAGAUCCAGGCAGUUUUACAAUUCCAUGUUCCAUUGGUGGGAGAGAUGUGGGAAGAGCUUUAUGCGAUUUGGGUGCUAUAACUAAUCUAAUGCCUAUGUCUAUUUUCAAGAAGUUGGGCAUUGGUGAAGCUCGGCCAACCACAGUUACAUUGCAGUUAGCGGACAGAUCAAUGGCUCAUCCGGAAGGGAAGAUUGAGGAUGUACUAGUGUAG